AUGAGCGUCAAAGCGAAAUCCUUCAGCGAAAGGAUCAUUCCUCUUUCGGCCAAAGACCAAUGGCGGCCCAUCCACAACAUUCGCUCGCUGGUCUUCAUUGUCGUCCGCGAUGUUCUCGAUGGAGAGCUCAUGAGAGCGUCUCUGGAUAAACUAAUCAGGAACCAUAUACCCAUCCUUGGAGCACGAAUCAAGCCCAGCGGAGCCGAUGGCUUACUGCAGUAUCAUCUCAUCACCCCUUUCCCUGAUAAUCACGAAUUAUUCAGCUGGUCCACCAGCAAUAUUGAUUCAACGCUCCAAGAAGACAAUCUCGUGCCGGAACGCAACUCACAAAGAGGCAUCACCAUCUUACACGAUGUGACGGUUAUGGAACGGCGCUGGAUCCCAUCCGACUGGCCCGUCAGACGCGACCAGGACAAGCCAGACACGCCGCUCUUGCUCGUCCAUCUCACACAUUACAAAGAUGCCACCAUCAUUUGCCUCAAUUUGCUACACUGUGUAAGCGACCAGAUGGGCUUUGGCAGCCUCAUCACUUCCUGGAUAGACGUCAUGAAGGGCAAAGAACCCCAGCCUUUUAUUGAACUACCAGAAGGUGGCCUCGACGGCGACAAAGACCUCACCUUCAAAGAGCUUUCCAAAAAAUACGAAUAUCGGUUGAAAUCAAGGAGAGAACGAGCGGAAGUUCUGAUGGGAAUUGUCCCAGAGCUCGUUGCUCGCCCAAAAGAGACGAGAGGCACCAUCUUCUUACCAGUGGGCAUAGUCAAUGGGCUACGGGACAAAUGGAGGAAAGAAUUAAAGGUCAAGUAUGGCUCUGAUGCAGCGGAUAUUACAAAUGGAGAUGUACUCGUCGGGAUUGUAGCCAAGUUUGCCAACAUGCACCGUAAAAAGACCAAGAAACAAGUCGUCACCGGUCCAGUAAACCUCCGCGGAAAUCAUCCUCUCCUCCCCAAAAACACCCCCUACCUCCACAACGCCCUCCUCUUCGCCGUCAGCCACACAGCAAUCAGCCGCUCCAAGCCCCCAACCUCGGAAAUUGCCUACGGCCAACGCCUCGCCGUGCUCGAAACCCUCAAGCCAGAGAAGGUGGAGCGCGGCCUCGCAGUAACACGAGAACUCCUCCGAAGGAACAUCCCGAUGCACAUCUGCGAACCGUGGGAAUUCAGCUACGGCCCGACCAACUGGUGCAACGCGUGGCACGGCAUCGAGUUCUCCGCAGCCAGCGUUAACAAGACGGGGGAAGAAGUUGCUGAAAGGAAGGACGGCGAUGAUGCGAAGACGAUGGACGGGGCUGAUUCGGCGCCGAUUAUUCUGGGACAUUCGCUGGAACGGAACCAUCCCAAUCGACUAAACGCCUUCAUCAUGUCAAAGGCUGAAGGAGGAUAUUGGGUUGAUUUUUCGGCGCCGAGUAAGGGCAUGGCGGCUAUACGGGAGCUUUUGGAGAGAGAUCCCAACUUGGAGACGAUAUGA